GGCCGGCCCCGCAAUGGCGGCGGCGUUCACCGCCCUCCGGGUCCUGCUCGGGCUCUUCUUCGUGCUGGCGGGGGCCGUGAAGCUGUGGGAGCUGCCCUGGGCAGAGCUGCACCGGCACAUGAGCUCCCAGUUCGUGCGGUUCGCGGCCGUGUUCCCGUUGAAGGCGCUGGGCUGGCAGCCGGAGCCGGGCCGGUACCUGCAGGCCGUGGGCUGGCUGGAGGCGGCGGCCGGGCUGCUGCUGGCGAUCGGGCCGCAGCUGCUGCAGGAGAUCAGCAACUUCAUCCUCAGCGUCCUCAUGAUCGGUGCCAUCUACACGCUGCUGGUGCUGCAGGAGCCGCUGGCCAUGUGCGCCCCGGCCGCCGUCUGCCUCGGCCUCCUGCUGCUGCUCAACAUCCGCGGGCACGGGGACCCCCCCCGGCCCAAGCUCGAGUGAUGGGAGGCGGUGUCCUGCUGGGGACGGGGCCGCAUCCUGCGCUGGGAGCCUGCUGCCGAGCACCGGCUGUGCUCCCGCUGCCGAGCACCGGCUGUGCUCCCUAUGCCGAGCACCGGCUGUGCUCCCGCUGCCGCAGGGCUCUGGGUGCCCCACACCGCAGGGGUGAUGCUGUCCCCACAGCUCCGCUGCUAUCCCACAACGUGCCCGGCUCCCCCCGGGUUUGGGGCUGCUCUCCUGGGGGGACUUUCGUACUUUGGAAUAAAACCUCUUGUUUUUCAA